UCAAUAAGAAGGAAAAAACAUAAAGCAGAGAAGAAGAAGUGCCUGGAGCCAGGAAGGAUGGCUUGUCAACAAUGGCGUCCUGACCGGGGACGAUGCCUCAAAACUUACGCGGUCGUUCUCCUUUUGUGUACAGACCUGCUGCUACAACGCGUGCAAGGAUACCUGAGCUCCCCUCACGUCGACCAGGAGCCUCCCUACAGCAGAGACGCCCAGCAUGACCCAGUCAUCACCAGCGCGGCGGUGCCUCCUGCAGCUUCGGCCUCUCCUGCUGACGACGAGAGCCAUGCCUCCAAAUGUCCCAGCGGGGGUUUGUGCAGGCGCUUGCCAGCUGAUUGCAUCAACUGCAAUUACCAGCAUAAUUGUACUUACGGGAAACCAGCGUCCUUCACCUGUAAGGCCAAAAAUGGGGUUCACUGUGUGGGCGAGUCGGGCCAGCAGCAGACCAACUUCUCCCUGUCCAUCACCUGUCAGUUCUGCUGGCAACUGGAUCCGUCGCAGUACCGCUGCUCCAACUCCACCACCUGCAUGACGGUGGCCUGCCCCCGACAGCGCUACAAUGCCACAUGCGACGUCCUGGACCACGUGCACUGUUUAGGUAAAAGACGUUUUCAGAAGCGGUUAUUUUGCAACUGGACAGGAGGGUACAAGUGGUCCACAGCACUGGCGCUCAGCAUCACGCUGGGUGGUUUUGGGGCGGACCGCUUCUACCUGGGCCAGUGGCGAGAAGGUCUGGGCAAGCUGUUCAGCUUCGGAGGCCUGGGCAUUUGGACGUUAAUAGACGUUCUUCUCAUCGGCGUGGGUUACGUGGGACCCGCCGACGGCUCUCUCUACAUAUGAAGAAAAAUAAGUAAAGACUACACAGAAUGAAACUGCGGACAUGUGGCUGGCACGGUCUGUGCACUCUCUAGGACCGAAGAUCUUCCCGGCGCCGUGUUCUUUGCGCUCCCCGGCGGCCCCGUCCCAUCUGCUAGCAGUGAGGAGGUGUUUUCCUCCUCACACCCGAGGACGACUGUGCCCACACGUGUGCCGGAUCAAUCACGUUUACAGCCGCCGUCUCCUGGUGUAAAAGGAGCUGUGCAAGGGACAUCGUGCGGCAGUUUGCUUUCUGACGGCAUUGACUCGCAGUGGAGUGCGCGUCUACUCCUGAACAACGGUUCUUUCUUCUUUCCUACUUCACGGUAGACUUGUGGAGGCUUGAUGGGAACUAAUACUGUGCUGAGGUGACAACAUGUUACAUUUUAGAAAGUAGUUCAGGCCACAACUGUAAGAGCAUUACUCUAAGACGGGGGUGUCCAAAGUGUGGCCCAGGGGCCAUUUGUUUUUGUUUUUUUAUUGGCCUGCAACUUUUUCUAAAGACAAAAUACGAACACUGCACUAAAAAACUUAAAUAUGCCAUUUUGGGCGAAAUUGCAAGUGAAUGCUGAAAUGCGUAAGCCAGGGGUGUCAAACUCAUUUUAGAUCUGGGGGCUCCCAAGUGGGCCAGACUGGUAAAAUCACGGCACUAUAACUUAAAAAUAAAGACAACUUCUAAAAAUACAACAAGCACACUCUAAAAUUGUACAAAUCCUAAUGUUGGUUUUUUUUUAAAUUACCUGUUGCGGUUAAUAGUAUAUAUAGUUUAUUCGUUUUUUAUGUUUUCUGAAUAAAUUAUGUGAUAAUGUUCAUCAGUCAACUUCAUCCAUCCAUUUUCUACCGCUUAUUCCCUUUGGGGUCGCUGGUGCCUAUCUCAGCUACAAUCGGGCGGAAGGCGGUGUACACCCUGGACAAGUCGCCACCUCAUCGCAGCAUCAGUCAACUCAUUAAUGUCAAUUUUCAAUCUAUCAAGAUAAAAAAAAAAAAUCAAAAUUAAAUUACAGUAUGUUUGAUCAUUUUCCUCGAUGAUAUACCAACAUGUGGUUUAUUUUUAUUUAGGGGCGGUAUAGCUCAGUUGGUAGAGCGGCGGUGCCAGCAACUUUAGGAUUGCAGUUUCGAUCCCUGCUUCCACCAUCCUAGUCACUGCUAUUGUGUCCUUGGGCAAGACACUUUACCCACCUGCUCCCAGUGCCACCCACGCUGGUUUAAAUGUAAAAAUUAGAUAUUGGGUUUCACUAUGUAAAGUGCCUAGAGAAAAAGCGCUAUAUAAAUAUAAUUCACUUCACAUUUUGUACAUAUGUAGCAUCAUCCACAAAGAUACAAAGAAUUGCUAUUGCGACAUCCAGUGGACACUUAUAGAACAGCCGUUUCUUCCAUUCAAUUUUUAUAUUUGGCAAACUCAUCCCGCGGGCCAAAUAAAACCUGUUCGCGGGCCUGAUCUGGCCCUCGGCCCGUACGUUUGACACCCUUGGCGCAAGCCAAACCUAAAUGCUAAAGUUUGCAUGCUAACAGUCAGAAUGUGUUGAGUACCAAGUCAUAUGACUAUGAAGCGUACACAUGUAAAAUUAGCUUAAAAAGUUAGCAUGCUAACUUUUAGCAUUUAAACAGUUAGCAUAUAUCAAGUAGCAAGUUAAAUGACUGAUCUGUUAGGCUGCAAAAUUGGCUAAACAAGUUAGCAUUCUAAUGUUAUUAGGCUUGAUUGCUAAUGUUAGCAUGCUAACAGAUGGCAAAUAUGCAAGCCACUGAAAUGCGUAAGCCGAACUUAAACUCUGUUAGCAUGCUAGCAGUUAGAAUGCAUCAACCACCAAGUCAUAUGACUAUGAAGCGUACGCAUAUAAAAUAAGUUUAAAAUGUUAGCGUGCUAACUGUUGAUAUACCAAGUACCAUGUUAUAUGACUCUGAGCUGUUCGGCUAUAAAAUUGGCUAAAAAAGUUAGUAUGCUAAUGUUAGUAUGCUAGAUUGCUUAAGUUAGCAUGACAGCAGUUAGAAUGCGUCAAGUACCGAGGCAUGUAACUACGAAAUGUACGCAUGUAAACUUAGCUUAAAAAGUUAUAAUAAGAGUUUGCGUAUAUUAAGUACCAAGUUAUAUGUCUGUCAGGUGUUUGGCUGCAAAAUUGUCACAAAAAAGUUAGCAUCCUAAUGUUGGUAUGUUAGAUUGCUAACAUUAGCAUGUUAACAGUUAGCAUGUCUGAAGUACGAAGGUAUAGGACUCUGAGAUGUUUGGCUAUAAAAUUGGCUUAAAAGAAAUAGCAUGCUAGAAUGUUAACAUUAGCAUGUUAACAGUUAGCACGUGUGAAGUACAAAGGUAUGUGACUCUGAGGUGUUUUUCUGCAAAAUUGGCUAAAAAAAGGUAGCAUGCCAGAAUGUUAACAUAAGCAUGAUAACUGUUAGCAUGUGUCAAGUACCAAGUCAUAUGACUCUGAGGUGUUUGACUGCAAAAUUUGCUAAAAAAAAAGACCUUAGAAUUUUUGGAAGUUUGGCUGCAAAAUUGGCAAAAAAAAAAGUUUGCACACUGUUUGUUUGUUAGGUGGCUAACAGCAUGUUAACAGUUAGGAUGUGUGAAAUACGAAGGUAUAGGACUCUGAGGUGUUCGGCGGUAAAAUUGGCAAAAAAACUAUAGCAUGCGCGAAUGUUAAUGUUAGCAUGCUAACUGUCAGCAUGUGUCAAGUACAAAGUCAUGUGACUGAGGUGUUCAUCUGCAAAAUUGGCGAAAAAAGAUAGCAUGCUAGAAUAUUAAAAUUAGCAUGCUAACUGGUAGCGUGUGUCAAGUACAAAGUCCUAUGACUCUGAGGUGUUUGGCUGCAAAAUUGGCUAAAAAACAUAGCAUGCCAGAAUGUUAAUGUUAGCAUGCCAACUGUCAGCAUGUGCCAAGUACAAAGUCAUAUCACUCUUACGUGUUUAUCUGCAAAAUUGGCUAAAAAAACGAUCGCAUGCUAGAAUAUUAACAUUAGCACGCUAACCGUUAGCAUGUGUCAAGUACAAAGUCAUGUGACUCUGAGGUGUUUGGCUGCAAAAUUCGCCCCCAAAAAAAGUUAGCACACUAAUGUUGGUAUGUUAGAUUGCUAACAUUAACAUAUUAACAGUUAGCAUGUGUGAAGUACGAAGGUAUUGGACUCUGAGGUGUUCGGCUGUAAAAUUGGCUAAAAAAUAUAGCAUGCUCAAAUGUUAAUGUUAGCAUGCUAACUGUCUGCAUGUACCAAGUCAUAUGACUCUAAGGUGUUUAUCUGCAAAAUUGGCUAAAAAAGAUAGCAUGCUAAAAUAUCAACAUUAGCAUGCUAGCUGUUAGCAUGUGCCAAGUACCAAGUAAUUUGACUGGGGUGUUUGGCUGCAAAAUUUGCUAAAAAAGUUAGAAUGGUUCAAGUAUUAAGGUGUUUUGCUGCAAAAUUGGUUAAAAAAAAGUUAGCACACUUAUGUUAGCGUGUUAAAAUUCUUAAUUUUAGUCCAAAUUACAUUGAAUAUGCUUUAUAAUCGAUAACACACAGCUAAGAUUUGGAUAUUUUUGUUCAGCUGGCUUAGCAUAUGUUGAUUGACCAAUGUUAUAUCUGUUUUAGUAUCUUUAAUGUAUCAAAGUGUCUUCCAUCCAUCCAUCCAUCCAUCCAUUUUAUACCGCUUGUCCUUUGUCCCUUUGGGGUCGCGGUGGGUGCUGGAGCCUAUUUCAGCUGCAUUCGGGCAGAAGGCGGUCUUCACCAUCCUUAAUUUUAUUCAUGCGACCCCUCGCUGCUGAAAAAAGUUUGGACACCCCUGCUCUAAGACCUCCGCCAAGGCCUAACAGUUUGAGGAAAAACUCACCUUCUGUAAAAUUUGGAGUGUUAUUUCUGCGGUUGGGGUUGGCCAAAAGUAACAUAUUGUUGGAACGGUAACGCCAACCUUGUCUGCUGACUAUCAUCUCUUCAUAUGUGUGUGCAUAUUUGUAUUACACUACAGUGUCACAUAAGUAGGUAGGUGACUGCUGCUAUCAUAGGAUGUGACAUUCAGAGCACCCACUCUCACUACAAGACCCUUUAUUGACUUUUCUUGUUUGAAACACUGUAAAUGGCAUUAUUCUGAGUUAUUUCAAUGAAAUUGUAAAAAAAAAAAAAAAAAAACGUAGAAAAUACAGAUGUAAGAUAAUGGCUUUUUUCGCCGAUAUUGUCCACCUCUUAAUUACCGAUUCCGAUAUCAACCGAUACCGAUUUAUACAGUGGUGGAAUUAACACAUUAUUAUGCCUAAUUUUGUUGUGAUGCCCGGCUGGAUGCAUUAAACAAUGUAACAAGGUUUUCCAAAA